CUACCGGUUCUUUGACCUUCAAAACGGACAACGAAAGUAAUUUCAAAACGUGUGAAAAAAAGUUUUCGUUUUGAUGUUUUUCCUAAAAACAGUUUGUUCGAAAACAUUAUUAUUUUCGCAAAAGCUUGCGGUUCCUAUAAAUUCAAAUUUACUAUUCAGUAAUCUACUGAGUUUGCAAAGAAGUACUACGAGUUACUGCUCACCAAUGUCUACCGCACUGGUGAUCCUGGCUCAGGGGGCCGAGGAGAUGGAAACCGUCAUCACCGUUGACGUGCUGCGACGUGGUGGGGUAACAGUAACCCUGGCUGGUCUGGAUGGUGACUGCCCCGUGCUAUGCUCCAGGCAGGUCACCCUGGUGCCCGACAAGUCCCUCGCCGAUGCCCUGGCUGAAAACCCUACAUACGACGCUGUAAUCCUCCCAGGAGGUCUGGAGGGUUCGGACCGUCUUUCCAAGUCCAGCGUAGUGGGCACCCUGCUCAAAGACCAGGAGAAAACAUGCAGGAUCAUUGCUGCCAUCUGCGCUGCACCAACGGCGUUGGCAGCUCACGGCGUCGGUGUUGGCAAGCGUGUGACGUCAUAUCCGUCAACGAAAAACAAAAUGGCCGCCAACUAUACCUACGUGGAGGGGGAGCGGGUUGUGGUAGACGAUAAUUUCGUUACUAGCAGGGGCCCCGGGACAGCCUACUGGUUUGGCCUGAAGCUGGUUGAGAUGCUCGUCAGCAAGGAGAAGGCUGACGAAGUCGAGAAGGGAAUGAUCAUCACUGGAUACUGAAGAUUUGUGUGAAGUUCAAAUAUACAGGGUGUUAACAUCGUAACGAAAAAUUUGAGGGAUGGUUCAGACCAUGUUUCCGAGUAAUAAAACUUUAUUUACACCUUUUUUUUUACCUUAUUUUACUAUGGCGAAUGAUUCAGACCAUGAUUCUGAGUUGAUAUCAAGUGGAAUUUUCUGUGGCACACAAAAAAUUUCACGACUUUUUUGAUAGAAAAUUCCACUUGAUAUCAACUCAGAAUCAUGGUCUAAAUCAUCCUCUUAAGUAUUCGUUACGAUGUCACUAACACUCUGUAUAGCCAGACAGGCUAGGGAAUAAAGUAGCGUUGUGCUGGUAAAGGGUUUUCAAAAUCGGAGUUUCAAACAAACUCACAAAUGUUUAAAAGUUGAUUUUAAUUAAGUGCAAAAGUAAACCGCGUAAUAUUUUUGUUUUCGAAUAUUUUAUUUUUCAUUAUUCGGUUUUUUCUUCUGGUAUUUAUUUAUGUAGUCUAAGAAUUGUUAUUAAAUGGACGUAAUUUAAUUAUUAAAAUAUGAAUUUAUCUCGUAAAUCCCAGGAUUUAUUUGAGUCAAUCAAAUCAAAUCAAAUAUACUUUAUUGCACAGAACUAAACGUCAACAAUCAGACAUAACACAUGAAUACAGUACAAUUUGGGCGGCCUUAUUGCUCUACAGCAAUUUCUUCCAGGCAACCUAGUGGUUGCACCUCAGAAUCAUGGUCUGAAUCAUCCCUCAAAGGUUUCGUUACGAUGUCACUAACACCCUCUAUAUUAUAAAUAAAAACAAAAUUUCGAUUACUAAAUUAUAUUUGGAUAUAACUGACUGCAAUGUACUCGCUACACAGUAGAAAAUACUUAAAAUUAAAAGAAUAUUACACACAUUGAAAAAUAAAUGCAAAAGAGAGAAAUUAUUUAAUAAAUAAAUUAUGAAA